AUGAAGCUCCUUGUAAAGUUUUUUGGACAAAAAAACCAGCUCGUCCUUCUGCGUGUCUCGUCACAGCUGAGAGAGACGGACUCUCUGCCUCGUCCCGUGGUGCUGGUGGAGGCCGAGGACGCCGAGGAGCUGAUGGGUUUAGUCAACAAGAACGAGGAGGCCAAAGUUCGCAUUGAGAUCAAGGGGGAGCAGCCGCCAUGGCAACAUUACGAUGUGGGCAUCCUGCUCACCAUCGUCUUAGCUAUUCUGACCAUCGUCCUCAUCUUCGCUUUCCGCUACAAGUGCAAGUCCAACAGGACGUGGGACUCUGUCCACCAGCAGACCAUGCGGGCCAUCAGCCGACUGGAGACCAAAACCUACAGCUCGCAGGGCUGCUCGGGCUCCCAGCGGCACCGCGCGGCGUGGGGGUCGGCCAGCAGCUCCAACUCCAGCCCCGUCUGCGCCAUCUGUCUGGAGGACUUCCAGGACGGGCAGCAUCUGAGGAUCAUCUCGUGCGCUCACGAGUUCCACAAAGACUGCGUGGACCCGUGGCUGCUGCAGCACCGCACCUGUCCGCUGUGCAUGCACAACAUCAUGG